ACGGCGCUACCGGAGCCCGAGGCGCAGGCGCAGCCAUGGUGUCCGGCAAGCAGCUGGCGGACUUCGGCUACAAGGCCUUCUCCAGCUCCAUGCUGCUGCUGACCGUGUACGGAGGCUACCUCUGCGCCGUCCGCUACCACCGCCUCCUCCAGCGCCGCCGGGAGCGGCAGGCCGCGGCCGGCCCCGACAGCUGACGGCAGACAGGAAUCCGGUGCCGCCUAAUCCCGGCUUGCGAGGGAGCAGGAAAACGGCCCCAAGAUGUCCCCAGGCUGGGGAAGGAGAUGGAGAACAAUAAAA